AUAUGAUAUUAGGCAGGCUUCCCUGACCUGAUGGCUAUCUAAGAGCGAUAAAUAUCGUAGAUGUUACACCUUUUUCGUUUCUGGCUGCUGCGAGCUUUAGUGAGCGUCCCAAUCGUUCAGGACCUCAUCAACAUCAUGAGUAACGUCAAUAAUCACAUAAUGACCAGGCGAAAUCACGGACAGAUACAGAGACAGGUUUCAUGUUUGUGAGGAAAGGACGCCGUACAAUAAUUCCAAGUUGCAACAGGUUUCUAUUUGGUAGCUUGCUGUUUGCUGAUGCUACAGCUGCGGCAGCUCCUCCUCCUCUCUUCCUUUCUCCAUCUGCUGGCCACCGUCUGCCAACCCAUCCAUCCCCAUGGAGGGCUCUGAGGAACAUCGGCUCUAGGCUGUGCGGGUCCCCACCUAACCCGAGUCAAUUUCUCUGUAGACUCGAGUAGGGAUCUUUGAACUCAGCAUUGGUUGAUCAACUUCCGUCGGUAUCGGCAGAAUGUCUAGUAGUCUCACUGUGGACGUCUCCCAGAAUGGGAGCCUCUCGCUAAGCGGGAACACGAGACGAACAGAUACUCAUUGCACCCUUGCUGAGCUCGAGGACGGCGAUUUUUCCAGGUUGUUGGACCGGCCGAGGCAUCUAAAUAUUGAGAGGCAGAGAUCAUGUGAUCAAAGCGAACUCUCCAUUGGAAUGUCGCCGCGUAGAUGCGACAUUUUUGAUUAUGUGUUCUCUCCCGGUGUAAGGUCUGGUGGAUUCAAUACCCCAAGGUUUGACAACGGGUUUGAGACCCAUCCUAUGGUUGCUGAAGCUUGGGAAGCUCUCAGGCGCUCUCUGGUCUAUUUCCGAGGCCAACGUGUUGGGACGAUUGCUGCUUUGGACAAUUCCGAUGAGAAGCUUAACUAUGAUCAGGUAUUUGUGAGAGAUUUUGUUCCGAGCGCAUUGGCUUUCCUGAUGAAUGGGGAGCCUGAGAUAGUCAAGAAUUUCAUAUUGAAGACGCUCCGCCUGCAGUCAUGGGAAAAGAAGAUUGACAGAUUCCAGCUUGGAGAAGGAGUGAUGCCUGCGAGUUUCAAAGUGCUCCAUGACCCUGUCAGGAACAAUGAGACCUUGAUGGCCGAUUUCGGGGAGAGCGCCAUCGGGAGGGUCGCCCCUGUGGACUCGGGGUUCUGGUGGAUCAUUCUACUUCGUGCAUACACAAAAUCCACAGGAGACACGUCCCUGGCCGAGCUUCCCGAGUGCCAAAAGGGUAUGCGCCUCAUUUUGAGUUUGUGUCUAUCAGAGGGAUUUGAUACAUUCCCAACUCUCCUCUGUGCUGACGGUUGCUGCAUGAUUGAUCGUAGAAUGGGUGUUUAUGGGUACCCUAUCGAGAUACAAGCCCUCUUCUUCAUGGCAUUGAGGUGUGCGAUGCUCCUCCUAAAGCAGGAUGCGGAGGGAAAAGAAUUCGUUGAACGGAUUGGGAAACGCCUACAUGCUCUUAGCUACCACAUGAGGAGCUACUUCUGGCUUGACCUGAAGCAGCUCAAUGACAUCUACCGCUACAAGACCGAGGAGUACUCCCACACUGCAGUCAACAAGUUCAACGUGAUCCCAGACUCCCUCCCAGAGUGGGUGUUCGACUUCAUGCCAACUCGUGGCGGCUACUUCGUGGGCAACGUGAGCCCUGCGAGGAUGGACUUCCGGUGGUUCUGCCUGGGAAAUUGUAUUGCAAUCUUGUCAUCCCUGGCAACACCAGAGCAGUCUACUGCUAUCAUGGACCUGAUUGAGUCGAGGUGGGACGAGUUGGUUGGGGAAAUGCCGAUGAAAGUCUGUUACCCUGCUAUCGAGAACCACGAGUGGAGGAUCAUCACAGGGUGUGACCCGAAGAAUACACGAUGGAGCUACCACAACGGUGGAUCAUGGCCAGUGCUGCUAUGGCUCCUGACGGCGGCGUGUAUCAAGACAGGGCGGCCCCAGAUUGCGAGAAGAGCCAUCGAGCUCAUGGAGACAAGGCUCCUCAAGGACAACUGGCCCGAGUACUAUGAUGGGAAGUUGGGCCGGUACAUUGGGAAGCAGGCGAGGAAGUUCCAGACAUGGUCAAUCGCAGGGUACCUAGUCGCAAAGAUGAUGCUGGAGGACCCAUCCCACCUGGGCAUGGUGUCAAUCGAGGAAGACCGGCAGAUGAAACCGCUCAUGAAGAGGUCUUACUCAUGGACAUGCUAGAGCGCAAUUUAUUAUGACUGUAACUGCAUCCUGACUCUGCUUUUGCCCAUCAGCUUCAGGAUUUUAUUAGCAGGCAUCAUUUUCAUCAGAUAGGUGUCUCAAUAUUUUGUUACUGCAGAUUCUGGAAAUAAUGAACUUACUUCAAAAAUGGAUUGCAUUAGUUGACCUUCUUAG